GGAACAGGUGACACCGACUGACGAAUUUUGGAAUUUUAUCAGUAACGAUUGCCACGUAAUAAAGUUAAACAAUGGUAUAACGAACAUGAUGUAAGAAGAAAGGCAAAAUAUAUUAGAACAUUAUUUUUCCAUUCCACCAGAGCUACAGAUAUGGAAUGAAGAAAGAUCUUAAGUGCACAUGAAACAAUAAAACUAUGGACUAAUUCAUGUUUUACACAAUAUAGUAUGUACAUACUUAACAUGAGGAAGAAGAAGACGCUGUUGCUUUUCCUGUUUGGGAUAACAGUCCUAUCCACAAUAUGGUUUGUCAACAACACUUUUGGUAAUGGCUCACUUCAUUUAGGCCAUUUGUAUAAUAAUGGCAAAACAGGUGGCGCCACAAACAAUGUUUUUACAAUGGCAUGGGAUAAUGAUCAUCCAGCAAACUCCCUGAAAACUGCAUCAGAAUCUAAUAAUGACUUACAUUUUAUACCAGAAAAAACUGAGUCACAGAACAAGAAAUCAGAAACGGAAAUUGAAGAAAGGGAAGACAAUGAAAGAAAUCAAAACCAAGAAGAUAAAACAAGAUCUGAGAACUCUAAAGUAGAUACUAUUACAACCAAAGACUUACCAGAUGAGAAUGGAGGGGAGGAAAACUUACUUGAUAUACUCCAGCUAAACGACAAGAAGGAAUGGGUUACAGACGUUAAGAUAUGCAGUCAAAUUGAAAAAGAAAAAUUCGUACAAACAGAAAUGCAUACACCAUCUGGAGAAGUCAAAAUUUUUGUUCAUGAUCCUUCCAAUGACAUUCAUGUUAGUGCUAGUUUAGUGGAACAUGGUGAAUGGGAGCCAAACUUGAUUCAGCUGAUUUAUUCUCUUCUUGAAAAGGAUGAUGACCUUAAGUUUAUUGACCUUGGUGCUAAUAUAGGAGUUUUCUCCCUUGCCGUUGCAAAUCUUAACAAACAAGUGAUAGCUGUAGAACCUUUAUCGAUCAAUGUAAAACGUUUGUGUAAAUCUGUUGAUGCGAAUGAGUUUGAAGAUUUUAUAACCAUUGUUCACAAUGCUCUUUCUGAUAAAAAUGAAAAAGUGAAGUUAGGCAAGGAAAAAGGGAAUGUUGGCGGAACUUUCAUCGCAAAGGAUGAAAACAUGAAUAAAAUUCAAGGUAGUUCCGUAGUAGGUCAAUACUCUGAUGAAGUAAAUACAGCUAAGUUAGAUGACUUACUUACUAUUCCAGAAUUUAACUUGAAAAAAGUUAUAAUAAAGAUGGAUGUUGAAGGUUGGGAAAGUCAUGUGUUGAAUGGUGCCGAAAGAUUUUUCCGUAAAGUAGAUGUCCAGGGGAUUCUAAUGGAGUGGAUGUGGCACAAAACUGGGACAGAAGCUAACGAAAUUAUUAACUUUUUUGCUAAUCAUGGCUAUGAGCCGGUAAAUCCAAAUGGUAAUAAGUUGUUAGAUGUUCGUUCUCCUGGUACUUGGCCAGUUGAUAUUUUAUGGCGACAGCGUGUAGAUACAGGUCAUAGUCAUGCACAAGUUGAAAAAGGUAAUCCAAACGCAUCAAACCAAGUUACAAAAAAAUCUUCAGGUGUUCAAAUGUACCGCCACGAUAUGACCAAGUGGAAUCUUGAUGAUAGUAUGUGUCGUGUAGAGACAGACUUCAUGUUAGCCAACAUGCAUACUCAGGCAGGAGAUGUUAAAAUUUAUGUUCACAAUCCAAGUGUUGAUGUCCAUGUCAGUGGUGGAUUGAUGAGAAACGGUCAAUGGGAGCCACAUUUAAUUCAGCUAAUGUUUUCUCUGUUAGAAGCCGACCCAUCUUCUCAGUUCAUUGAUCUUGGCGCUAAUUUAGGCGUCUUUUCACUAGCGGUUGCUCGCUAUGGUCGGAAAGUCAUAGCAGUGGAACCGUUAUCAAUUAACCUUCAAAGAUUUUGUAGAUCUAUAAGAGAUAAUCAUUUUGAGGACAAAAUUACAGUCAUUACAAAUGCCUUGGGUAAUGAGAGAGAAACUGUAUUGUUUGGAAUGGAUGUUGGAAACAUUGGUGGGACAUUUGUACUAAACGGGAAAAAUCAGGAAAAGCAGCGUGGGGCUCAAUAUGGAGGUCAGUAUGAAGAUAAAGUCUUAACAGCAAAAGUAGAUGAUAUAUUGAAAUUACCUGGAUUUGAUUUUAAGAAAGUCGUCAUAAAAAUGGAUGUAGAGGGAUAUGAACAUUUUGCCCUUCAGGGUGCUAGCGAUUUUUUCAGCAAAGUUGAUGUCCAAGCCGUUUUAAUGGAAUGGAUGUGGCACAAGGCAGGAUCAGGAUCAGAAGAAAUUUUCAAGUUUUAUUUAAAUCGUGGAUAUGAACCGUUUGAUCCAUUGAAGAAAGUUGUACUGGAUACUUCAACAUCUGGAUCAUGGCCUAUUGAUGUUCUUUGGAGAAAGAAGCAUGUGUCUUCACCUCCAAAUAAUCUGGACAAGCCUGAACAAACCAAAAGUGUUCCAAUUAAUUCACAGGUUCGAAUGUACAGAAGAGACAUGCAGAAUUGGGUCAAGGACACAUCCAUGUGCAUUGAUCCAAAAAAUUUAUUAAAAGCAAACAUGCACACAAAUGCAGGAGACUUGACCAUCUUUGUACAUGAUCCAACUGUGGACAUUCAUGUAAGUGGAAGUCUUGUUCGUGGUGGGUCAUGGGAACCACAUCUUACACAACUCAUGUAUUCAUUGUUACAACAGGAUUCAGAGCUUCAGUUUAUAGACCUUGGAGCAAACCUUGGGGUAUUUUCAUUGGCUGUUGCCAAAUAUGGCAGGCGUGUUGUGGCUGUAGAACCUCUGUCCAUUAACCUCCAUCGAUUCUGUGCUUCGAUAACAGCCAAUGGAUUCGAAAGUCUGAUAACUGUUGCUACAAAUGCAUUAUCAGAUAAGAGAGAAAAUGUAACAUUUGGGAAAGACAAAGGAAAUGUUGGCGGCACUUUUGUUCUCAAUGAUAAAAACAUGAAUAAGUUUAGUGGAAGUCCUGUAAAUGGUAAAUACGACGAUGUUGUCCUGUCAGCCAAGAUGGAUGACAUUUUAGAUGUGCCUGGAUUUGAUUUUAAGAAAGUGGUUAUGAAGAUAGAUGUUGAAGGUUAUGAGCACCAUGUUCUUAGAGCAGCUGAUAAGUUCUUUAGAACUGUAGAUGUACAGGCUGUGCUCAUGGAAUGGAUGUGGCAAAAAGAUGGAUCCAGUGCCCAAGAAAUCAUACAAUUCUUCACCAGAUAUAACUAUGAACCAUUCAGUCCUGGCAGCAAUCUUGUAUUGGACAUACAUUAUCCCGGAAGUUGGCCUGUUGAUGUGCUCUGGAGAAGAAAGAAGACUGGAAAUCCAUUCAAAAAUGGACCAGUCACCUCUGUUGGACAGUUUGCUCAGCAUGAAAGGCAACAACAACAACAAAAACAAAAUGAAGUUCAACAGCAACCUAGACAGUCACUACAACAAAGAGGGCAACAAAGUCAAACAUCUCUGAAGAAUGAAGGUAGAGGUGAUACACCUGGAAGGAGCCAAAAUCGGCAUGAUAGAUCUCAGCAGGCGCAUCAAACCCGAGUCCAGAAAAAUCAAGCUUAUGAUCAUGCUGAACAAUCCAACCAAGUACCGUCAAAAGGAAGAUAUGGUGUAAAUUUUUACCGUAGAGAUGGGAAAUCAUGGGUUCCAGAUGACUCGUCAUGUUCUGCAUCAGACAAUUUCCUGAAAGCUAAUUUGCAUACGCCAGCGGGAGAUGUUGCGAUAUAUGUACACGAUUCCACCACUGAUGUUCAUGUCAGCGGAGGACUUCUCAGGAAUGAGGCUUGGGAACCUCAUUUGAUCAGGCUUAUGUUUGAUCUGCUGACCAAAGAUUCACAGCUUCAAUUUAUGGACCUUGGUGCUAAUUUAGGUGUGUUCUCUUUGGCUGUUGCUAAGUUUGGUAGGCGUGUAUUUGCUGCUGAACCACUGUCAAUCAAUUUACAAAGAUUUUGUAAAUCAAUUCUGGCCAACCAUUUUCAGGACAAGAUUACUGUUGUUACAAAUGCACUGUCAGAUAAGAUUGAAAAGGUAUCUUUUGGGAAAGACCAUGGGAACGUAGGAGGUACUUUUGUAUUGGAAGGGAAGAACAUGGAAAAAUAUUCUGCUAGUGCAUAUGGAGGAAAAUAUGAUGAUAUCGUACAAACAGCUAAACUUGAUAGCUUUCUACGACUCCCAGGUUUUAAUUUUACUAAAGUGAUUAUGAAAAUAGAUGUGGAAGGAUAUGAACAUCAUGUAUUCAAAGGCGCUAAAAAAUUCUUCCAAGAAGUGGAUGUACAGGCCGUUCUAAUGGAAUGGAUGUGGCAUAAAAGUGGAUCUGAUGCUACUGAAAUUAUGAAUUUUUUCAAGGAUCUAAAUUACGAACCAAUUAAUCCUAACUCAAAUUCAAGAUUAGAAGUUACUCUAUCUACUUCAUGGCCAGUUGAUGUUUUGUGGAAAAAAACGAAAAAAACAUCAGUGGUUAAAACUUCCCAAAAAGUUUCAUCUCAGUUUACUUCUGGGGUUCAAGUUUAUCACCAUGAUAAAAGACAAUGGCUUGCUGAUGAUAGCGUCUGUCUCAACCUUCCACCAAUGACAAGAGGCAAAAUAAGUGACUCCCUUGCUGGACCAUAUACUAUCUUUGUUUACGACCCAUCUGUUGACCAGUGGGUUAGUGGGAGUAUUCUACGGGAUGGGGGCUGGGAAACAGGUCUAGUCAAUAGUGUUAUUUCAUUACUUAAACCAGACGAAGACUUACAAUUUGUUGACUUGGGUGCUAAUUUAGGUGUAUAUGCAUUAGCCGUAGCAAAAUAUGGUAGGAAUGUUAUAGCCGUAGAUCCAUUGACUUCUAACGUGCAACGUAUGUGCAAUUCUAUCAUAGAAAAUAAUCUAGGAAGUAAAAUUACAUUAAUAUACAAUGCAUUAUCUGACACGAGAGGUACUGUCUCUUUAGGUAAAGAUGAGAAAAAUGUUGGAGGAACAUUUGUGAUGGACCGUAGCAAUGCAAAUAAAGUUCAGGGUAGCAACGUAAAUGGAAAAAUCGGAAAGGAUGUUGUUACAGCUAAAUUAGAUGACUUACUAAAUGUGCCAGGAUUUAAUUUCAGAAAAAUUAUUAUGAAAAUGGAUGUGGAAGGAUAUGAGGGAUAUGUAUUAAAAGGGGGGACGAAAUUUUUUGAGAUGGUUGAUGUCCAGGCUGUUUUUAUGGAAUGGAUGUGGUUGAAGUCUGGAUCAGUCACACAGGAAGUGUUAAGUUUCUUCACAUCUCGUGGAUAUAAACCAUAUGUAUCUACUUCAGGAAGAGAACUCAGGGUGGAAGAUGCUACAGGCUGGCCAGUUGAUAUGAUGUGGAAAAAAUAGGUUGUUUAAAGAAGUAUGAGGUUAAUAAAACAAAGAUAUGUGUUCAAACUGUUAUAAACUUGCUACAUCUGUGAAUAUCAUCAUUAAUUCAUCACCAGCAGACUAAAAGAAUCAUGUGAUUGGAUCUUACCUUUCCUUCUUUGUUUUGAUUGGAUGUUGUAAGAUUAUUAUGUCUCUCUGCAGUCAUGGCAACAACAUUUUUAUAUUUUCUUUUCUUUAUAUUUUCCAACUAAAGUCAUGACAGUAUUGAAGUGAUAAAAUAUUUAUAGGAAAAUGUAUUACAGAAAAAAUCAAAAUAGUCUGUCCUUUAUCAUGUUUAUCAUGUUCUAAUGUUUGUCUUAAUAUAUGAAAUAAUUUUAUCAACAAAAACAUUUUGAUAUUUUCCCUUCUUUGGAUUUUCCACCAACAGUAUUGAAGUGAAAUGUAUUUAUAGAAAAAAAUCAAACUGCUUGGUCCUUUAUGGCUAAUUGGAACAUUUCUACUUAGAUAAAUAUGAAAUAAUUUUCAUAAUUUAAAGAAAUUUUAAGGAGAUGAAUAUUCUGCUGUCCACAUUUAUAUAGUUUAGCUUAAGUGUCCAUGACAACUCUUUCAAGAACGUCUUUAAUUGACAAAAAAUGUUGAUAUGUUUAAUGUCAGGGUAAAUGAAAUCAUAAUAUAAUUAUAUGCAUGAUUUAUAUCUGAAUUUUCUAUUACUACUUGCUAUUGUAUUGUUAUUUUAUAGGCAAUUAAUUGAAAUAUUUAUCAACUAAAUCUAUGUUGUAUUUAAGCCAAUGAUAGAUGUGAGAAUAAUAUACUGAGUAAAUAAAGUUUAGCAACAAAUAUUGUUGAUACAUGUACAUAUUUUUGAAAAUUAAUUAUACUUAAAAAAAUAACAAUAAAUAAAUUAUUGUAACAAAGAAAAUAAACCAUAAGAUUCAAUUCGUAAACAACAACAAAAAUAAUAUUUAAAAAAAAUGUUCUGCAACUAUAUCAAUUUUUAUUUCAAAGUUUUUAAACUAAAACAUAUCUUGUGGAACUUUUUUUACUCAGUAUAGAUCGAUAACAAUUCUAGAAAUUUAAAAGUCUCCCUAUAUCAUGUAUAAUUUUGAUCCAUUAUAUAAUACCUAUAUUAUUCAAUAUCAAGAAGACUUCAUAAGGAACAUAUUAUUUCAAAUUACCAAAGCAAACAUUCUAUAAACAUGAUAAAUAUAAAUCAAGUCUUUUGUAUUUUCUGAGUAAAAUUUCAGAUAAUAAACAUCCUCAAUCAAUAUCAACUUUGGUUAUUUUUAAAUAAAACAAAAUUUUAAAAAUCCACCACCUGUAAGUGUACAGUAUUAUAAUUUGCUUCGCUUAAAAUCAAAAGCUUCUAUAAAUGGCAAUUUUUAAAUGAUUCUCUUUUAUAUCUUUCUCAUUAUUAUUAUAUUUAUAUGAGUUAUGUCCCUUGGAGAAGAUUUUUUUUAGUCAUGUAUUAUUAAAUAUUUAUUGCAAUUUCAACAUAUUUAUUUUAUUUUCACGACUGUAAACUUGAUUGUCAGGUAACACAUUAACUAAGGGUAUGAUAAGACUAUUAAGACCUCAUGUAUAGAAAACAACAAACUAGGUGGUUCUAAAUUAAUGCUGUUAAACUGUACGCUAUAUGUGAAUAUACAAACUUUAUAAAACUUUCAUAUUUAUAUUCCUUAACAUGUUUCAAAUAAGGGAUUACUAUACAUUUAUUUCCCGUGCCGGAGGGAGAUAUGAAGAUUUGUUCACCCAAGAAUAUUCAUAUUUCACGAGGGCUCUGCCCGAGGGAAAUAUGAUUUUUCGAGGGUGAGCAAAUCUUCAUAUCUCCCGAGGCAAAGGGAAAUGAAUGUUUUAUUCCACUGCCUAUGCUUUGUUUACUAUCAAUACAUUAAAUAUUUUUUUGCAUAUAUUUCUUUUCUUAUCCGCUUGUUUUUGUAAGUCAAACUAAACACGACAUACCCAUUGAUAAACAGUAAGGAUCAAAAUUUAAUUAUAAGUCUUUUUGUUUUAUCGUCUGAAAUAAAUUUGAACACGAUAAUGAUUGUUGCUAUCGCUAUUUUAAGAAGAAUAAGAAGUUCAAAACGUUAUGUACAAUAACCGCGCGUAACGUCGCACGAAGUAAUCUCAACAUUUCAGAGGGGAAUAUGAUCCUCAGAAUGGAAUAUGAAGAUUUGUUCAAUGACACGUGGGAUAGUCGCAACCGAUCAAAUAUUGAUUAAACUAUCAAUAUGUUUAAACAGUGGAAUAAUAAAAAGUAUCUUUUGCUCAUCUAUUAACUUAGAGAUUGCUUUCAUGACCAAAAUGCCACAUAUAUAUAUAUAUAUAUAUAAACAAGUCUAAAUUGAAAACAACGUUCAAACCUAUGAUUACGUUGGAUAAAAACCGCAACUUUUAUACGUGUGCAUGCAUAACAAAUUUCUUAUUUGAGGGGUCUAAAUACAGCACAAACAACAUUUUCCAAAAGACCAAAAAAGUGAAAAAGUAUAUUUUAACAAAACGCAUUUGAUUAACAGGUCGAACAACAAAUGUUCUUAAAUCCUGCUGACUGCCAUUGGCGAUUGCCAAAUAAACGGAUCACAAGGUGCAAUAAAUGGAUCUUAACUAUAAAUUUAAUACCAAACAGAAAACAAUAAACUUGCGGCGAAGAUGGUAUAUAUAUAUAUAUGUAUAUAUAUAUAUAUAAGGAGAAUACAGUGGAGUCCUAUUGGGAAUUAUUAAUUAUUCCGUUUUCUUUGAAAUUCUUAAGAUCACAUUAAAGAAAAUGACAUUUAGGCUGGACCCUGCCCCUAAACUAUUUGUGGAUGACUUGAGGUUCAGAAGUGUAAAAGUUUAGGCCCACACUCAAUAACCUGUGAUGUUAUGGUUGGGACUAUUAAGGGAUUUUUGUAAUUUGCUUUGAAAUGUCUUUCAAUCAUUGGAAAUAUAUUAAAAAAGACUUGAGACAAGUACCUAAGCCUCUUUCCUACCUACCAGAUAAGAUAUAAGGGAACUUUCGAAUUGUAUAAUUUUUAUGUUUCAUAUUUUUUUGUAUUUGAAGUCUGAUAAAACAUGCGCUUCUUUUGUUUUAAAUGUAACAUACUUACAAUUGAACAAAAGCAAAUUCUUUAAAUAAUUGUAAUAGAGUAUUAAUUUAUAAAAUCAAAACUCUUCCCACCCAGCUGAUUUAUUCUUUCAAAUUUUUGUGUAUGAUUAUUUUUGAAAGUUGGAUGAAUGAUUGGUUGUAUUGCUUUAAGGAAGUUUUCUUUUUAAACUUUUUCAAUGGGAACUAUUUCCUUGCAUAUGGUCCUUGUUGAGUUAUGUCGACAUACAUUUUGUCCUCAAUAUAUAUACUAAUAUUUGACUUUAAUAUAGAAAAUGAUGCAUUUUUUCAUUGCUUUUUGCUAAUGUAUAGAAUACAUAAUUUUUUGUGCAUUUGUUUCUUUCUAUUUUGUUAUUGUUUGUUUAUUCUGUAACUAUUAUUAUUUUUUUAUUAGUAUAGUAUUAUUAGAUGUUAUUUAUAUUAUCAUACAUCAACUUUGCAAUUUAGAUUGUAUAUUUGAAGAUUAUGUUAUACUGUAUUAUGAAAUAUUUACUCAUCUAGUAUAUUGAAUUAUAUUGCUUGAAACUAUAUAUAUGUACUAUACAAGCGUAAUCCUAAUGUGACAGGUCAUAAAUUUGUCUUCCUUUUAAGAUUUGGUGUCAAAAUUAGAAAGCUGUUGAAAUCUACUAGAAUUUCGUUAUCAUUGAGUCGAACUGUCAGACCUAAUUGAAAUUUCACAAUCUUUUACAAAAAUUCCUGAAAUCAAAAAGUUACUUUGUACUACAUAUUGCCAUUGAAGACGGUUUUGAUAUUUUAAACAAAACGUUGCAAAUUUGUCAUUUUUUUCGUAAAAUUAUACAUCAAAGGAUAAAACCAAAAAGAAUUAGUUUGUAUCUUAAAAGCAAUACACAACUUCACUUCUGGUAGAAUAUUGCUUUUUUGUUAUUUGUUAGAAUGUUGUUGUUAUCUAUUAUUUAUGAAAACAUUGCCGCUAU